UUCCCACAAACCCCUCACCCCGCUGCGCACCCCAUCGAGAGGGAGAAGCCUAGCAGCUUCGAGCAGCUAGGGCUUCCCGUCCCGAUGGCCGUCGCCGGAGACGCCGUGAGUCCCUCGCCGCCGCCGCCGCCGCCGCCGCCUCCGCCUCCGCCUCCGCCUCCCUCGGCGCGGACCGUCGCCGCGGUGCUGGCGCUCGUGCGCGCCGCGGCCCGACCGCUCCUCUGCCUGGAUUUGGCGACUGCGUGGGUUCUCUCCGCGCUCGCCGCCGCCAUGUCCCUGGCUCACCUCGCCUGGGGCGAGGCCUCCGCCGCCUUCCUUUUCCUCAUGGCGCUCACGGUCGCGGCUCUCAAGGUCUCCAUAUGCAUCCUCUUCCUCUUCCUCGUGCCAGCCGUUCUGCUGUGCGGCAUCGGCCUCGCCUACGUGAUUGCGGUUGAAUCUCGAUCUGGUUCUCAGCCCAGGAAGCGCGCCUUUGGACCAAUCACGCGGGAGUCGAUUCGGGAGUUCAUUAAGUUUGUGUUUCCCCGUGCCGUGGUCCUUGGAUUGGUCGCAGAUUUGGCCUUCACCCUGCUAAGUGCUGCUGGCGCUCUGGUAAUGUCGAUGUCGCCGUCUGUGGUGGGAUCGGUAUCUCAGGGACAAAUGAUUGGUUCUGUGAUCAUGGAUGUGGGGAUGCUUGGCCUCCAUGCGAUAUCUUGCUUUGUUAUCAUUCCAGCUUUCGCACUGCAUAUCUUGAGGAAGGACCAGGCGGACAGGAAAGCAGGACUCACCGUGGCAGUUUGUUGAGCCAUAACCCCGAACUGAAGAUGUGAAGAAACCCUGGGCAGAUACAAGAGACUUCGCUGAAGAUUAUAGCCGCUGACAAGUACUGGAUUGUAGUUACAUGUAUUCACAAUUGUAUAUUGAUCCCCUUCUUAGUAUUGCAUACUCCUGUGCUAGGAGCUCUGAUGAUUGGACAUUAUGGCGUUUCAGACGCCAACCCUGCCGGAGGAUAGUUCUUUUCUAGGCGAAUAGAUCUUGCCAUGUUUGCAGUUUUAUGUUGGAUGACUACUGUUUCCUUGCAAGAGGUAUAGGCUCUGUGGCAUUUACCAUAGAAUGUCGUGCAUGUGGCGAUCUGGGAUGUUAUGUGUCUAUAGUUUUGUUGAGCA